UCAACACUAUCAUCGAGAUACUGCAACUCUCCUAUACAUCCUUUUACCUCAUUAAUUAGAGUUUGUUUCUAAAUCCAGGUAGACACAUAAACCAUAGGUGUUCUGUUUGUAGACUUAAAGGUGUACAGCUUUCUCUUAGCCUGGUGUCUGUUUUAUUUCAUAGUCUUAGAAACUUUGAAUACGUACCUACGGUACCACGUGGGGUUCAAGAUAUUUGGGCUUACGUUGAAGACCUUGUAAACAGUCAGCUCAUUGAAAUGUCACAAUGAUGACAGGAAGGGGACAUUUGUGUUCAUUUCAUUCACACUUACCUUGACCUUGGUGGCAGAUAUAACUGAAUCAAAAAGACUAAGGGUGUGUAAAGUAAAAUUGGACUAUUUUGUGAAAAGAUUUGACUUUUGUUUUACAAUUCAAGGAUGAUAAGAUAGUUCCUGCUAUGCUCAAGAUCCAUCAAAAUGUAUGUUUGUUGAAACAACUAUUUGCAAUGAGAUUAAGUUGUAUACAAGAUUGAUGAAUGUGUGAACUGCCGGACAGCUGCUGGCCUAAGAGUCAUGUGACAGGUUUCAUUGAAACAGAGAACACAGUAGAGAGAGAAGGAAAAAAAAACAAUAAUUUCAUAAAUUCCUAUAGAAGUUUAAAAAAUUUCUAAAUAAACACUUUAAAAGUUAGAGAAGAAGUAGAAAGAAGAAAAAAAAAAAACAUGCAAGCGAUUUCGAAUGUUUUUCAACAAAACAAAUGGAUAGAGACAUCGAUACUUUGAUGCUGAUCUAGUCUCACUGUUUACUAAUGAGUUAAGUCUUCGCUAAAUACUUGACUGUGUUUACAGCAUUUCACUUAGAGGACGUCGGAAUUUUGUGUUAAGAGAAUGAAUAACUCCAACGUGACCAGUGAAACCACUCAGCUGAUGUUUUCAUUAACGACUUCAAUAGAAGAGGACCGCAGAAUGUCAACAACUGUUCUCUAUCCGCAGAGCCAGUCAGGUCUACAGGCAGAGAUAACGACGCUGUUUUCAGACGCUGCUAGCAACAGCUCGGGUACGCUAGGGAGUCUUGUUUCUUUCAAUGAUUCGUCCCUUCUGUACAACAUGAGCCUUUCUGACCUCCAGGAGGUCAUCAACGCCACUAAUCUGACAAGAAAGGGCGCCAUGUUUCAGGAGGGCAUCAAACUAGAGCAUCAGAUACCUCUAUACGUCAUCAUAUUUCUCCUGUCCGUCGUCGGCAACAUACUGGUCAUACUGACCGUUGCCCAGAACAAGAAGAUGAGGUCGGUGACCAACGUGUUCCUGCUAAACUUGGCAGUUUCUGACCUGCUUCUGGCCGUCUUCUGUAUGCCCUUCACCUUGGUCCCAUUACUUUUAAGAAACUUUAUAUUUGGAGAGUUCAUGUGUGUGGCAAUUAGAUAUCUUCAAGGUGUGUCAGUGGCCACCAGCUGUUUCACCCUCGUGGCCAUCAGCCUGGAGCGCUACUUUGCCAUCUGUCAUCCGCUCAAGUCUCGGAGUUGGCAGACGUUGUCUCACUCGUACAAGGUCAUCGCCCUGUGUUGGGUCUUCGCUCUAAGCCUCAUGAUGCCUUUAGCCAUCUUUCAUGACCUUCGGAGGGUUGGUGACUCCCAUAUCUACAUGUGCCGGGAGUUCUGGCCAUCAAGCGACGGCCUGAAAGUAUACACCAUGGUCAUCAACCUGUUCCUGCUGAUGUUCCCUAUCAUCAUCAUGUGUUGGGCAUACGGCUGCGUCAGCUACACUCUCUGGAUCGGUAUCAAGAUGGACAAACAGACAGAAAAAGAGAAACAAAACAAAAACGGAUGUGCUAAUUACGACUGCCACAACGGUGUCUCAAUCUAUGUCAACAACAAGAAACUGUUAACUGGCUCGCACGAAGAGUCAGACAUGCCCAUGAACAUCAGCACCUGCAGCAGCAGCAACAGUGUCAUGGACGCUAAAAAUCUUAAGCCUGGCCAAAGGCGCCGGUUUGAGGUGCACCGGAUCAUGCGGCAGUCCAACACGGAAAAGUCUCGCGCCGCCAAGAGGCGAGUCAUCAAAAUGCUCUUCAUCAUAGUGCUGGAGUUCUUCAUCUUCUGGACGCCCGUCUACGUCAUCUCCUCCUGGAUGGUCUUCGACGUACCCAGCGCCCAGCGAAACAUCUCGAACAUGACGAAGUCGUUAUUUCACCUGCUGUCCUACGUCAGCGCGUGCUGCAACCCAAUCACCUACUGUUUCAUGAACAAGAACUUCCGCCAGAGCUUUCUGAUGGUCUUCAGAUGCUCCAAGAAACGUUACGUGUACGCCCACCGCUCCCAGAUGUCCUUCUCAGGCAACACAACGUCUACGAGGGCGCCAACCACGCAGUCGCUAGCUACCAGCUACGACAAAAUCGUCGACUCGGAUGACAUAUCGGAGAAUAGUGUUUGACUAAUGUGUCGGAACGUUUGCUGUGGGUAGACUCCGUGGUGAAAUACAAUCUCAUAUGGGACUCCAUUUCGUAAAUACAAUCUGACCUUUGAUUGAUGGUUUAUAAAAUGUGUACUUUUAAAGAAAAUGUCUUUUCUUAUUUUACACGGUUGUAUCCCUUACAUUGAGAAGUGACGAAACUAUAUCGUAAUUAUGUAUUCAGUAAGAACUGGACGGAAUUAGACUUGCUAAGGCCCUAAUCUCUUUGAGAUAUGGGACCCCUUGUUAUCAGCAGACAUACUCUCCCUUCUCAAUUUCUAUAACAUUAUUCAUAAUAUCUAUCGAGCCAUUAUCUGGGGUCUCCAUGUAAGAAGGGAGUACUAGGUUAUAGCUUAUGUUACAAAGGAUAAAACACUAUGAACGAGAGUUACUUCAAUAUUAGGGAACAUGAGGUUAUAAAUGAAUAUAGCUGUUUAACACAUUAUUACACAGUGUGUGUGUUGAAAGUUUCUUUAAAAAAAAAUUGGAACUCACAGUCUACUAAGACUAUCGCCUCGACUAUGGCAACACUGUCCUAGGUGCAACAAACCAGCACAGAUUCACCAUGAAUAGGUUUGCAAAAAUAGUUCUGAAAUAGGAAGAGAGGAAAGAAUCUAUAGGUCAUGAUAAAGAGUAACAUGCAACAUAUUCUAGGUCAAGAUUAUUUGUCUUUUUUUCUACCUGAUAUCUGAAACCUAUGAACUUGAAUAACUGGAUAGUUUUACGUAAGUCGGGUUGUUAUUCAGCUGCUCGCCUGAUGAUGGUUCCCCUUGUGUGCAAUGAAGGAUAACAGUGUGGUCCUAUGGUUAUCAGCGCAUCUGUAAUGUUGAAACGCUAUUGGAUAUACUAUAAAUAAAUAGGUC